AUGGCUCCCACUACCCGGGAUCUUGAGGCUCUCACCGUCCACCACGACUCCGACAUCAUGGCUGAUGAUCUGGCCGAGAAGAAGGUCUCCGCUAAUGAAUCCCCCCCGGAAAACGACCCUUUUGGCAAUGAGGAGUGUGGUGAGGUCAAGUACCGUGUCAUGAAAUGGUGGCACUGUGGUAUAUUGAUGAUUGCGGAGAAUAUCUCCCUGGGAAUUCUGUCCUUGCCAUCGGCCGUGGCGACUCUUGGAAUCGUCCCCUCCAUCUUCCUCAUCCUGGGCUUGUCUGGCAUUUCCUGGUACACUGGUUAUGUCAUCGGCCAGUUUAAGCUGCGCUAUCCCCAAGUCCACAGCAUGGGUGAUGCGGGAGAAAUCCUCUUUGGCCGCAUCGGCCGCGAAAUUCUCUUCUUUGGCCAAUUGCUGUUCUGUAUCUUUUUGAUGUCCAGCCACAUUCUCACCUUCACCGUGCUGUUCAACACCAUUACCGGUCAUGGCACCUGCACCAUCGUCUUCGGCGUCGUCGGUUUGGUUGUCAGCUUCAUCGGUGCUCUGCCUCGCACCAUGGGCAAGGUGUAUUGGAUGUCUCUCGCCUCUUGUACCAGUAUCACCGUUGCCACGAUCGUCACCAUGGUGGCCAUCGCUAUGCAAGCGCCCGAUCACGUUCAGGUCGAUAUCACCACCCAUCCUAGCUUCUCGACUGCUUUCCUGUCAGUGACCAACAUCGUCUUCGCCUUCAUUGCUCACGUGGCCUUCUUCGGAUUUGCCUCGGAAAUGGAGGAUCCUCGCGACUUCCCCAAGUCGCUGGCCAUGCUGCAGGUCACGGAUACAACCAUGUACAUCGUCACGGCCAUGGUCAUCUACCGUUACGCUGGUCCUGAUGUUGCUUCCCCGGCGCUGUCCUCUGCCGGUCCGCUGAUGAGCAAGGUUGCCUACGGCCUUGCCAUUCCUACCGUGAUCAUUGCCGGAGUUGUGUUCGGUCAUGUCGCGUCCAAGUACAUCUACGUUCGUGUCUGGCGCGGCUCCCCCCAGAUGCACACGAACAGUCUUGCGGCUGUCGGAUCGUGGGUCGCCAUUGCACUGGGCGUGUGGGUAAUUGCUUGGAUCAUUGCCGAGUCAAUCCCCGUGUUCAACGAUUUGUUGAGUUUGAUCAGUUCUCUCUUCGGUAGUUGGUUCAGUUACGGACUCCCUGCCAUGUUCUGGUUGGUCAUGAACCGUGGCCAGUACACUGCCUCGCCCAGAAAGAUCUUCCUGACCAUUGUCAACCUGGUCAUCUUCGGCAUUGCCUGCGCCAUUUGCGGCUUGGGUCUCUACGUCUCUGGCAAGGCCAUCCACGACAGCUCUUCCUCGGCCAGCUGGACGUGCGCCAACAAUGCCUCCACUUAA